AUGAAGUUUGUCUUGAUGGGGGCACCCGGCUGCGGGAAGGGGACACAGAGUCCUUUUAUAACCCAGCGCUACGGAGUCUGCCACCUGUCAACUGGCGACAUGCUUCGUGAUGCCGUUGCAAAGAAGACCUCAUACGGAAUGAAGGCAAAAGCCACAAUGGAUGCGGGUGGGCUCGUGUCGGAUGAUAUUGUCUUUGGCAUACUGAAGGAGAGCAUUGCGAAGCCCGAGUGUAAGUACGGUUACGUUGUCGAUGGUUAUCCUCGCACGCUACGGCAGGCGGAGCUAAUGGAGGAAGCAGGCGAAAAAGUUGACAAGGUCAUACUAUUUGACGCCCCUGACGAGGUUAUAGUUGCACGUACCAGCGGUCGCUGGCUGCACCGUCCUAGCGGUCGCACCUAUCACGAAACAUUUCUCCCGCCAAAGGUACAAGGCAGAGACGAUGUGACUGGUGAACCCCUAACCCAGCGCGCAGACGACACCAAGGAAGUUGUAAAGAAGCGCCUUGAGACUUACCGUAAGGAAAAUGAACCCUUGAUUCUGCAUUACAAGGAAAAAGGAGUUUUUGAACGUCUCGAUGCCAAUCGUCCUGUUGAGGCAGUGCGCAAAUCAAUCAUGGCCAUUCUCGACCCUGUUGCCAUUCGCCUAGGGCUAAAAUAA